CAGCUUGACAUUAAAGAAACUGGUAGUCUUAAAGGAAUUGGAUAAGGAGCUUAUUUCUGGAGUCAUUGCUGUCAAAAUGCAGGGCUCCAAGCGCAUCCUGCGGUCUCACGAGAUUGUAUUGCCCCCGAGUGGACAUGUGGAGACAGAGCUUGCACUGACCUUCUCCCUGCAGUACCCUCACUUCUUGAAGAGGGAAGGCAACAAGCUUCAGAUCAUGCUGCAGCGGCGGAAGCGGUACAAGAACCGAACCAUUUUAGGCUACAAGACUCUGGCUGUGGGGUCUAUCAACAUGGCUGAGGUCAUGCAGCACCCAACAGAAGGUGGCCAGGUUCUGAGCCUUUUCAGCAACAUCAAAGAGGCUGCAGUGAAGGUAGCAGAAAUCUGGAUCUUCUCCUUGUCCAGUCAGCCAAUCGACCAUGAAGACAGCACCAUGCAGGCCAGCCAGAAAAUCAAGUCUACAGACAACUAUUCUGAGGAAGAGUACGAGAGCUUCUCUUCUGAGCAGGAGGCCAGUGAUGAUGCCGUACAGGGCCAGGAUUUGGAUGAUGAUGAGUACGAGCUGGGGAAGCCCAAGAAGCAGCGGAGAUCGAUAGUAAGAACGACGUCCAUAACCAGGCAACAAAACUUCAAACAGAAGGUUGUGGCAUUGCUGAAGAGGUUUAAAGUGUCUGAUGAGGUUCUGGAUUCAGAGCAGGACCCAGCAGAGCACGUUCCAGAGGUGGAGGAGGAUUUGGACCUUCUGUAUGACACGCUGGAUAUAGAGAACCCCAGUGACAGCGGGCCAGAAAUGGAGGAUGAUGACAGUGUCUUGAGCACUCCAAAGCCAAAGUUAAAACCUUAUUUUGAAGGACUGUCACACUCCAGCUCUCAGACAGAAAUUGGUAGCAUCCAUAGCAUCAGGAGCCAGAGAGAGCCAUCGAGUCCUCAGGUAGAAGUGCCUGAAAAGACAAAGAGUCUUGGAACCAAACAUACAGGAGACAGUAUUUCUGACACUGUCCCUUAUGAGUCUAACCAGCAAGCUGAGGUCCAGGAGGCUGAACUCCCCACACCAGAUGUGUUUGUUGAGAAGCUCCCACCGAGCGGGAAGAUCACUAAGACAGAGUCCCUCAUCAUCCCAUCCACCAGGUCUGAAGGGAAACAGACGGGACGUCGGGGAAGAAGCACAUCUCUGAAGGAGAGGCAGCCAGUGAGGCCACAGAAUGAGAGAGCCAACAGCCUGGACAAUGAGCGCUCUCCAGACACCCGGCACCACUUACAGAUCCCCAGGAAAACAGUGUAUGACCAACUAAAUCACAUCCUGGUUUCCGACGACCAGCUGCCAGAAAACAUUAUUCUUGUCAAUACAUCUGACUGGCAAGGCCAGUACCUGUCAGAUGUCUUGCAAAAGCAUACAUUGCCAGUGGUCUGUACAUGCUCCUCCGCUGAUAUUCAGGCAGCUUUCAGCACUAUUGUCUCCAGGAUACAGAGAUACUGUAACUGCAAUUCACAGCCUCCAAACCCAAUUAAAAUUGCAGUGGCAGGAGCCCAGAAUUACCUCAGUGCUGUAUUGAGGCUCUUUGUAGAGCAACUGUCUCACAAAACUCCCGACUGGCUCGGCUACAUGAGAUUUUUGAUCAUCCCUCUAGGCUCUCAUCCAGUGGCCAAGUAUCUGGGGUCUGUAGAUUAUAGAUACAACAACUUCUUCCAAGAUCUAGCCUGGAGAGAUCUAUUCAACAAACUUGAAGCACAGACCACUGUUCCAGAGGCGCCCGAUGUCGUCUCCCGGAUAACCCAGUACAUAGCAGGGGCAAACUGUGCACACCAGUUGCCCAUUGCUGAAGCCAUGCUGACAUACAAACAGAAAAGGAAAAAGAGCUUUCAUUUUGAUUUUACCUUAAGCCCUGACGAAGAAUCUUCGCAGAAGUUCAUUCCCUUUGUCGGGGUGGUGAAGGUUGGAAUAGUGGAACAAUCUUCUGCAACAUCAGGUGACUCUGAUGAUGCAGCUCCCUCAAGCUCCAGUGUCCUUUCUUCUACCCCACCUUCUGUAUCUCCUGCUGUGAAAGAAGCCUCCCCCACACCCCCUUCCUCACCAUCUGUUACAGGCAGCUUCUCGUCCUCAAGCCAGGGCCUCGGUGCUGAGUUGAUGGGCCUGCAGGUGGAUUACUGGAUUGCAGCUCCACCCGUGGAUAGAAAGAGAGACCCGGAGAAGAAGGACCCCUCCACUACCAAAAACACACUGAAAUGCACUUUCCGGUCCCUCCAGGUCAGCAGGUUACCUGCCAGCGGGGAGAUUGCCACCACUCCAACCAUGUCCAUGACUGUCGUGACAAAAGAAAAGAACAAAAAAGUGAUGUUUUUGCCCAAGAAAACAAAAGACAAGGAGGUUGAGUCAAAGAGCCAGUGUAUUGAAGGAAUCAGCAGGUUGAUUUGCACAGCAAAACAUCAGCAGAACAUGCUGCGUGUCCUGAUUGAUGGGGUGGAGUGGAACGAUGUCAAGUUCUUUCAGCUGGCAGCACAGUGGUCCUCCCAUGUCAAGCACUUUCCCAUCUGCAUAUUUGGACACUCCAAAUCUAACUUCUAGCUGUGCUCGGCGGAGGGACCUUCUGCCUGUCCCAGGGACUGCACACCAGGAGCCAGGAACUGCGUGCCAACUCUGACUCGCGUCGCUCUGCCCUCUCCUGCAGAAUUAAUUACAGAUGUGCUUGGAUUACUUUUGAAUUACUUUUUUCUAUUAACUCUUAAGUUUACUACAAGGGAAGGAAACCCCUUUAAACAAAGGCAAAAAAACCCAGUCUUAAAUAUAGAUGUGCUGACAACGUGAAGUCGUGGGGGAGUUGGCAGGAGCAGGCAACCUGCCCGAGAACACCUACCACUUACAAGCAGAUAGCUGAAUAACUGCACUGCUUAUUAACCUGAGACCUCAUUGGUGUGAGUGGGCUGGGGGAGCCGUGCAUCAGCUCAAACGGAUUUUGCAGAAGAUCAUGUGUGUUACUGUACAUUUGGCCCCCUCCCUCUAUACUUCUAGGAGAAAAGGGUGGCCAGUCUGUCUUCCUGCUGCCAAAGGACGGGAGAUCAGCGAGUCUGGAGGGAGUUCAACGGUCCAGUUUGGAAAACAAACCACUUACAUAGCUAGAGAGGUCUGGAGAGGGGAUCCCCUUUGGAGCAUGGAGCCUGCCAUGGGGACAGGCAGGUGUUUGUGCUGAAGUGAUGCCUGAGGAGGGUUAGGCAGGAAGAGUAAUUAGGGAAACACUAAGAGGAAGGAAACUCCAGUGUCCCAGGUCUGUGACAAUGACCAAACCAAGCCAGUCACCAUGUCCCCACAGCUGGCUGUGCUGCAGAGGGACACCGUGUCAGUGGGGUCGCUGCUAUUUACAUACUCACACCAAUUAUUUACCUGUCAAUAAAACCUCGUCCAGCCUCUAAAGGGAAAGGAUUUUUUUUAACAGCUGCAGAUUUUUUUUAAUGCUUUCUAAAAAAAAUAAAAUAAAAUAAAAAAUAACAGGAAAAAAUUAAUUUGCCAAAACCAAAAAAACAACAAACCCAGGAAGAUGAGCCGUUGCCUGUGGAGUGAUAUAUCACUGGAUUGGCUGGACUGGGAGCCAGCCAGGCGCUCUGCGUGUCCAGCUGCCUUCCUGUCCAUCUGUCAAACUGCACACAUGAGGUAGUGUGGGAUGCUCUGUCUGCUGCCUGCAUCCUGCCCUGACCACACUGCUCCCUGGAGCCUGCCUGGCUUCAGGGCCCUUGUCCUCGAACCACUCAGGAUCUCUCCUCAUGGGAACUGAAGGAAUGUAACAGAAAUGAAGGGUGCUCAGGGCAGGCAGCCUCCCGUGGGCUGCUCUGGAGGUGGACAUUGUCCUUAACUUCUGCUUCCUGAGUAUUCCUCCCCACAAGUGUUUCUCUCUAGAUCACAUCCUUUCCCCAGCAGAAUAUGCUUUUCCUCUGGCAUGGCAUUGCCCGUGGGUUGAGGCUUUGUGAGAGGUUUCAGCUCCAGGGUGCAGAAUGGAAGCUGUCAUUGGAAUGUGAGUGAGAAUGAAGCCAGACAGGUUUUCUGUCCACUUUGGUCAGCAAGAUGUCCUGUGAGAUGGAGGACUGAAAUUCUAGGGUAUCUCUGUUGGCUUGGCUCUGGCUGCACUUGUGUUCAGUUUGUAUGCCUUGUUGCUGCCAGGGAUGCUCUUACAAGGAGACAGCGGGACAAAGGUGCUGCAGAUUGGGCCUUUUGCACUCCAGGCUUCCCAAAGCUUGCCUGGGAGCAGGUGGCAGCUGGGAUUUGGAGAGGAGAGUGUCCUUGCUAUGGGGAAGAACAGACAUCUCUGGCAUUUCAGGGUAAGAGACUAAAAUUUCUGAUGGGUGCUUUUAGGUCCCACCCCUGUGGACAAGCCAGGCACUGGGAACAUUUCCAGAAGGCACUUUCUGAGGGCAGUGAUGCUUUUGAACCUUUUUUUUUUUUUCAAUCUGAUUCCUUACCUUUGGGUUUUUAAAGGCUUGGGGCACCCACUUUUGUGCUGCAUAGCUCUGCACAGGGCCCACACGGGUUCUUUUGGGCAGGGCAGUGGUGGUGUGCUCUGCUGGGCCUUCUGCUGACAGGGAGUGAGGAGUUAAGAAGUGAGAGCUGGAUCUAGUGCCUGGCAGAGCUCACAAAACCCUUUCCCAGCACAAGUGCAACCUACUUGGCCAGGGGCUGGGUAUUCCCUUCAAACCAUGCAGGGGAGGAGGAUACGGUCCCCUGCCCAGUGACAGGCUGCUGGGUAGGACAGAUUGUCUAGCUGCAAUACUCUGUGCUGCAGGCAGGUCUGCCUGCUGGCUCUUGGCUGUGGCAGAAGUUUGGCUGUAGUUGGGCUGCUGUCAGGUCCCUCAGUUCACGUGUGUUUGGUUGACCUGAGCUGGUGCUCUGGGACUGUAUAGCAUUGUCUAGCAGUGGCAGCAUGGAAGAUGGCAUAUAAGCACAUCACUUCUUUAUCUUUAUUGAGGCUGCUGCAUCAGAAAAAGCUCUGUAAAGGAAAUUAGUCAGUUUGUGAUUUCUUCCUCGAGUCUCAUGCUGGUGUGACAAGAACAAUCGUGCUGGGUUCCAGCAUCAGGAGCCGCACGCAGCCCGGGCAGCUCUCAGUGCUGGAGUGUGUUACUGCUGCAGAGCUGGGGUGGACUGACUGCAAUAACUUUGUUUACUGGGGGGUGAGGGGAGAACCAUCACUGUGCUCCUCUUUGUAUUUCAAUCUACUGUAAAGAAAAAAACUGGUAGCUAGGACAGGAUUUCCAGGGUCCUGCCUAUCAAAUGUGUGUUGCCCUGCUGUACUCUCUGUGUGUGUGUGUGUAUGUGUGAGAGAAACACUUCUGCUCGUUGGAUUUCAUGUUGGUUUGUGUUUUGUUCUAACUAUAUACAAGCAAAUUCAGUGGGAAACUUUCCGUACACCUGAGGGCUUGUGUCUCUGCAGGGUUUCUCCCCUGUGGAAUGCUGUUGUUGCUCUGAAGUGCUCUUCCAUGCAAGAAAACAUCCUGAAGUCUCAACCUUGUCAUCCUGGAGGGAGUCCAGCAGUAGCAGGCUGGGCUUGCCCAAGGGCAGCUGUGUGCCCAGGGUGUGAAUGUGGUGUUUCCUGGCCCUUGAGGGCAAGGGCUGGCCGUGCAGAUUUGGUGGCGCAGCUCAGAUCAGGCUGUUGUGCCUCUCUUGUUUCUCUUGUAUCACGUGGAGCCACUUUGUGUGGCUGUUUCUGUCCCUGACUGGAAGAGAAACAGAUUUCUGUCUCUAAGGAAAAUGAGUGUCACAGCAUGUAUGUGGCUCAGACCUUUUUGGAAAGGGGCUUUGCACCUGAUGAAUAAGAGGUGAAUGAGUGACUGACCUCAGGUCUCCCACCCUCCCACCUUCCCCCACAGUUUCUGGGGGGACCCUGCCAGGAAUAAGCCCCACUAGCCAGAGGGAUCCCUGCUCCAGGACCACGGAAAGCUGCUGGGGCAGCAGUGGGCCUGUGCCUGUAGAGCUGUGGCAUCCUGUGGGGUUGGGUGAUUGCAAGUCAGUGAGUGCAGAAGGAUGGCUCAGAGCCGAGACAGCACUACUCUGCCUUUGGCUCUCUAGAGUUUGGGCGGGGAAGGUACAUCUCAAAUGAAGAAAGGCAGUGGGGUUGUCUCCCAGUUCGGGCUUGCUUUUGAGCUGUGCAGUCUGACAGUGAAGGCAGGGGCUGGGGUGGGCAGCAUCUGAGCGGAUCUCCAGAAGGGAGGUGCUCUUGAAGGCAAUGUCUGUCCCCUGGUGUCCCUGUUCCUUUAUGUCCCAGAGCUUGCCCCUGCUCCCUGUGGAGCCUGUCUCUCCAGCUCCUCUGGCUGUGACUUCUCAAAGCAGCCGGUUUCUUUUCCAGCUGCAGUUGGAGAAGGCCCCCGCCUCGCUCGGAGGUGAGCUCUCGGGAGCGGGCUCGCUGCCGCGCCGAGCUGCGUGACGCUGACCUACUUUAACAGCGCUGGCAAGGAGAUGAAAGAUGGAAGGGUUUUGUGGCAUUGUGUUGCACCUUGAGUGCUUCCUGGUUUUCUGGCUUAAGUUUCCUGGAGACAAAGGCUGGGCUUCAGCCCUGCCAGCGCUCAAGCAGGGCUGGCUCUCCUGCGGUGCUGGCGAUGUCAUGGACAUCUUGGGCGGCUGUUUUAGCUCAGUGCUGCAGUUCCCAUCCAGUUCAAUUGUUACCAUUUACAUUGCAGUGGUAACUGCAGAGUCCUCCUUAAUUACACAUGAGUUUGGGGAGAGCCAUGGUCUCUUUGGCUGUGUUUUGCUGCUUUAAUUAGAACAGAAGAUAAAGCUUGUGGCUUUAUCCUGCAGAGAGGGCAUAGGUAGGUGGCUGGGAGGUUUCUGGGGCUGAGGAGAUGUGCCUGUUUGCUUUCCAUCAUCAAACUCAGCCAAGAACUACAAUGCCCUGUGCUUAACCUGCGAUUGCAGCACAGGCCCUGUUGUGUUUCUCACCAGCAGCGUGUGCUGGAGACAGCACAGGAGAGCCAGGGCAGAGGGCAUUGCACCUGGCAUUUCCAAGUUUAAGAAGAAAAUCCUGUCAAAAGACAGCAGAGGCGAUGGCCUUCUCCUGCUUCUUGGUGUGCUGAGGGAUCGGAAAGGCUGGGGUUAGGACAGUCCUGCCAUGCGGUAGUAGUGGACUGGGGGUCCUGGAGCUUUCUUGAAGCAAGGUAGGAUGCAAUGCCUCUGUCCCCUUCGGGGAGGGCUCGAUCUCAGUGGAUGCCUGCGUGGUAGUGUUUCGUGUGGCACUUCCUGUGGGCUUACCUGGCAGGAGAAGGCCAGAAAUGAGCAGCAGCAUCACCUGGAGCCUCUUCAGCAGUGUUGUCAUGGGAGAUGUUCCUGGCAGGGCCGGCUCCUGCAGGAUCACUUGGGUGCUUUGGGACAGCCUGGGGUGAAAGGGGACGUGCCACUUGCAAAGCAGCAGGUCACUGACUUCCUUAAGGAAGAGCACCAGUUUGGGGCCACAUCCAGGAAGCUGCUGCUUUGCUCCUUGGCCAGAGAGCUGCCAGGGCGUGUUGCCUGCCUGGUUGCACAUACGUGGUGGCUGUGGGGAAGCGCCCUGUGAGCACAGUUCCUGGGCUGCGUGCCGCCAGGCUUGUCCAGACCAGGACAUCAUCACUUUGUAGAUUCUCGAGUUGUCCAUCUGUUUCAUUGUUGUAUUGUUUGGGUUCUAGGGUUGUUUUUUAUGAAGACAGAUUAAAUGUAAAUAGCCUUUUUUGGAACAAACUGCAAUGUGCUCGACCUCGUCAACUAUUUUAUGGUACUAAUGCAACACUAAUAAAACUGGACAUGAAAGCACA